ACUUCGUUGUCGUGUAAAAGUGAAUAAUACCUAUUAUACCUACAUUUUAUUAUUUUUCGUAAUAUUUUCGAAAUGCCGAAAAUUAAAACGUCGGUUAGUGCUCGUCUGCGUGCAUUUGUGUCGGAAUUCGGCGACGAUAUUUUUUCUUCCGAUGGCACAGUUCUUUAUUGUAAAGUAUGUGAAGUAAAGGUGGCCUCAGAAAAAAAAUUUACUAUUGAACAACACAUUUCCCGUAUAAAACAUAAAAAUGGUAUAGAGCGCAAACAUUUAAAAGAAAGUCAAAGUUUUAUUACUAAGUCGUCAAAAAAAUCUACUUUUAAUUACGAUUUAUGUCAAGCUCUUUUAUCAGCCAAUAUUCCCCUACACAAAAUAUCAAAUGAAUUAUUACGUGCAUUUUUGGAAAAAUACACGCACAAAAGUAUUCCUGACGAAUCAACGCUAAGGAAAACCUAUGUUGUUCAAUGUUACGAAGACUGUAUUAACAAAAUAAGAAGUUAUUGCGAAAACCAAAAGCUAUGGGUUUCUAUAGACGAAACCACGGAUUCAGUAGGACGGUAUGUGGCUAACGUGAUUGUCGGUACAUUGGAAGUCGGAGGCCCGGGGAAAAUAUUUUUGCUCAAUUCAGAAAUUUUAGAAAGAGCUAACCAUACCUCCAUCGCCCAAUUAUUAGAUACAUCUCUACAUAUUUUAUGGCCUCAAGGAAUAAAGCAUGACAAUAUUUUGUUGUUCUUAAGUGAUGCCGCUCCCUAUAUGAUGAAAGCUGGCAGAGGUCUAAAAAUCCUGUACUCUAAAAUGGAACACGUAAGUUGUUUGGCCCAUGGAUUACAUAGGGUUGCGGAAGAGAUUCGAAAACACUUCCCAAAAGUAGAUCAGUUAAUCAAAAUCGAACAUCAAAAAAAUAUUUUUGAAAUGUCCAUCACGUGUUCAAUAUUUCAAGGAAAUGGCACCUAA